CUACAUUUACAGGAAAGCACUUUGUGUUAUAUCGUGUUAGUGAAGUAAGGCCUGUUCAAAGCUGCUUACAGCUUCAGUUCAGGAAGUUUCAGGUUUGGUAUGAACAGCCACUAAAGUAAUUUCUAGCACUCUGUAAAAUGAGGAAAUUCACAGUUUGUACAAAACACAAGUUACUUCUUUAUUUUAAGUUUAAUCUACCACCAUCGGACUCAACAUGAAUGUAAACGGAAAGAGGAAGGAAGGUGGUCACAGACGAGAGCAGCAGCUACUAUGAGUGUAACUGCAGCAGCCAGUGGAUUUGUUGUCCUUCUUCUCACUGUGACAGUGGUACAGUGUGAGAAUGGCUGGGAUGUGAGUUACACUUCUACUGAGAUCUGUGCCUUCAGAGGAUCAACAGUGGACAUUACCUGUACCUACACAUACCCAUCCACAUUUAAUAACCAUGAUACUACAGUUCAGGAAACUUUCUGGUUCAUUAAAGAGAGUAAUGGGAUUCACGUUGAUCUAAGGACUGAUCCGGAGUAUUCAGGUCGUGUGGAGAAUCUCUGUGGAAACAACAAGUGCACUCUGAGAAUCUCUAACCUGAGAGAGAGCGACUCAGCUGUGUACAAGUUCAGGUUCACAACAAAGCAACCUACUGGGAGUUUAACUGGUUCAGCUGGAGUCACUCUGUCUGUCACAGAUUUGCAUGUGCAGGUGAGAGCAUCGGUGAAGUAUUACUCUUAUAACCGGGCAGAGCUCAGGUGUCAGAGCAGUUGUCGUCUUCCUGAUCAUCUGAACUACGUCUGGUACAAGAAUCAACAGAAGAUGAAGGAAGGAGAAUCUUAUUCAGAUUAUUUUUAUCCUGCAGACAGAGUUUCCUGUGCUGUUAAAGGACACGAGGAUUUCCACUCUCCUUCAAUGUGAGGAGCUGGAGAUUGCAGGCUGUGGUUAAUGAGGGGCGGGGCUCCAGGUGAUGGCCACCGAGUGAUGGCCAUCACUAUAUAAACGGUGUCCCUGAACCCCAAAGGGUCUCUCUUUCCUGUUCUGGCCUGAGGCGGGAAGGCUGCCUGCACCUGUCUUUUGUAUCUAUUUUGUUAA